AUGGAACGCCUUUGGGACUUAUACAAUGCUACGAUUCACAGCAACGAGAGUAUGUCUAAGGUAAACAAAUUCAAUUAUCUAUUCUCAUUGCUUGAGGGUAGUGCAGCACGUUCGAUAAAGGGACUUACCUUAACAUCCGCAAAUUAUGACGCAGCAAUUGCGAUUCUGCAAGAUAGAUUUGGUCGAACCCAACAGGUCAUUGCCGCACAUAUGGAUCAAAUCCUACAAAUAUCUGCAUGUUCUGAAAAUCGUACUGGGCAAUUGAGAUAUGUUUUCGAUCAAAUAAGUGUUCAAGUGCGAGGACUUGAUUCGCUUGGGGUAUCUGCAAACCAGUACGGCAGUCUGCUCAUACCAAUUAUUAUGUCCAAACUACCGAGUGAAAUAAGAUUGCAGGUAGCACGAAAAGCUACUGGUGAUGUUUGGCAAAUUGAAGAGUUACUCAAAACCAUAAAGUUUGAAGUUGAGAACAAAGAUAAGCCCAACAAGCCAUCGACAGCUGGAACAUUUGUAGUGACGAAAAAUGAUAAAGACGGUGCCCAUAGCUUCAAGGUUAAAUGCGUAUACUGUCAAGGAUCACAUUAUUCAGCAUCUUGUGAAGAGGUAAAGGGAAGGGAAGCCCGAGUUAAAAUUCUAAGGGACUCCAACCGUUGCUUUAUUUGUCUAAAAAAGGGACACCAAGCAAACAAGUGUAUAGUCACAAGAAAAUGUCGACAUUGUUCCGGGAGGCAUCACCAAUCUAUUUGCAGCUAUCCUGCUACCAACAGUCAGGGUGUCCAAAAUGAAAAAGCAAUUGAUAACACCUAUCCACAGAAGGUAUCAGAAGGUGUAAACUCUCCAACCACAACAGCUGUCACACGAACUGUCAAGGGAAGUGUUCUUUUGCAGACAGCCAGAGCUCUCGUAUCAAACGGAUCAAAAUCGGUUCCAGCACGAAUUCUCUUUGACACUGGAAGCCAAAGGUCUUACAUUCGAAGGUCACUUCAAGGCCGGUUAAGGUUAAAUUCAAUUGGUAAGGAGACACUUCAAUUAAAUACCUUUGGCCAAAGCAAGAGUAAACGAAAAAGCUGCGAAGUGUUCAAGGUGAGCAUUGCAAACAAGAGUGGAGGUGAGGUAGUAGAGAUUAAAGCAAUCGCAUUUCCAACAAUAUGUGCACCACUUCCUACAAGGAUAAAUAUAGACGAUUAUCCACAUCUCCAUGGUUUAGAACUUGCAGACUUUGAUUCUUCCGAUAACAAUGGUAGCUGUGAUUCAAUCGACAUCUUGAUAGGAGCUGAUCAUUAUUGGGACGUAGUCACAGGUGAUGUCGUACGAGGAGAAAAUGGUCCAACAGCGAUGAGCAGCAAAUUGGGAUGGCUUUUGUCUGGAUGGUCAUCACAAAAAUCAGACGAACAUACUCUGAACAGCCUCAUUUUAGCAGCCGACUGCCUUGAUAAUUCUACUGUCGUAACCGAUAGGGAUGAGCUAACAAUAUCAUUGAAGCGUUUUGGGGAAACUGAGAACGUUGGCAUUGACUCCUUUGACUCAGAGAACUCAACCGAGGAACAAGAUUUUGUGCGAAAUAUUCAAUUCACUGGAACACGCUACGAAGUUGGUCUGCCGUGGAAAAAUGAUCAUGUGCAAAUUGAUGACGAUUACGAACUCUGUCAUAAUAGAUUGAGAUCAUUGCAUCGAAAACUGCUAAAGGAUCCACAAAAUCUUGAAGAAUACAAUAAUGGUAUUACUGAACAAUUGGCAGCAGGAAUAGUCGAAAGGGUUCCGGCAUCUGAUAAGGAUUGUGGUAAAAUUCACUAUCUUCCCCAUCAUUGUGUCAUACGAAAGGAUAAGGUUACUACGAAGCUACGCGUUGUAUAUGAUGGAUCUGCUACGACGAACUUGCGCAAAUUUUCACUAAACGAUUGCUUACUGACCGGGCCGAACCUCAUUCCACAAAUCUUUGAUUUGCUCGUCAAAUUUCGACAAAACAAGAUUGGGCUAGUUGCUGACAUUGAGAAGGCAUUCUUAAUGAUUGGAAUUGACAAGGAAGAUAGAGACAUGCUUCGUUUUUUGUGGCUAAGGGACGCUAGGGAUCCUCAUUCAGAAGUAUUAAAGCUAAGGUUUUGUCGAUUGGGUUUUGGUCUACGACCUUCGCCAGCAAUUCUAGGAGCUACUAUCAACCAUCAUUUGAAGACACACGAGAAGCAGGAGCCAGAAACUGUUGAACACUUGAAAAAUUCUCUGUAUGUCGAUGAUUUUGUGUCCGGUGCUGAAACCGAUGAAACCGCUUUGCAAAUAUACAAAGGAACAAAGCAGUUGAUGGCCAAGGGUGGAUUCAACUUGCGAAAAUGGAACUCGAAUUCCAGUAACGUAGUGAAGUCUAUCGAAGCGUUAGAAGGUAAAGAAUUUGAGCUUGAUUAG